AUGGGAAACGUUUCGGAGUUCAUCGCUAAGGUCCACACCAUAACCUUCUGCUUGUUUUCCGUCUUCUUAAUCGAAUUAGCUCUCUUCAUCCAAUCCCUCUCAUGUUAUAACUGGCGACGCUUCAAUAAACGCGCAACCGGAGGCAGAGCAAACACCACCUUGUUGGCUCUGAUGGACGCACAUCUUCCGGCGAUUUGUUACAACAGUGGUGGAGUAUGGAAGGAAUGCGCGGUGUGUUUGACGAGAGUGGAAGACGGCGAAGAGAUCAGAGAAUUGAAAUGCAAGCAUGACUUCCAUAAAGAGUGUUUGGAUCAAUGGUUGGAGAGGGAGCAGGUGACGUGUCCGUUAUGCAGGAAGUAUGUGUUGCCUGAGGAAGUAGUGUUCAAACACAGGCAAUUGAGGAGCAGAGAUGAGUUUAAUCGAGAUUCUCUAUUGUCUUUACGAUGGUAG